CAACCCAAGCUUCUUCAAUAUCAUAAAUCCAUGACCAUCUCUCCUCUCUCUAUAUAUAACAACUAUCACAUGAUCAUAACGUAAGCUUAACAACAUUUACACAAUAUAUAUAUUUGUAUUCCCAAGUAACCCAAAGCACAAACCACCACGUUCGAUCGGACCACCACCACCACCACCACCACCACAAUGGUUUCGGAGUCAAGCAGCAGCAGCAGCCCCAUCAAAACGGUGGUCGUUUUGGUCCAAGAGAACCGCUCCUUCGACCACAUACUGGGAUGGAUGAAGUCCAUAAACCCCGAAAUCAACGGAGUCACUGGCUCCGAAUCCAACCCCAUUUCCACCUCGGACCCAAACUCCACCCAAAUCUUCUUCCGCGACAACUCUGCUUACGUUGACCCGGACCCCGGCCACUCCAUCCAAGCUGUGUACGAGCAAGUCUUCGGCGAGCCGUGGACCGAGGCCUCCGCUUCCAAAACCCUACCUCCUACCAUGAACGGCUUCGCUCAAAACGCUGAAACAACACAAACCGGUUUAGCUGAGACCGUGAUGAAUGGUUUUAGGCCCGAAAACGUCCCCGUUCACAGGGAGCUGGUGAAGGAGUUUGCGGUAUGUGACCGGUGGUUUGCGUCGGUGCCCGCUGCGACGCAGCCGAACCGGCAGUACAUCCACUCAGCGACGUCGCAUGGGUUGACGGGGAAUGAUAAUCAGAAGCUAAUUGAAGGGUUGCCUCAGAAGACCAUAUUUCAGUCGUUGGACGAGGAGGGCUUUUCUUUUGGGAUUUACUUUCAGUCCUUUCCGUCCACUCUUUUGUACAGGAAUCUAAGAAAAUUGAAGUACAUCGACAAUUUCCAUCAGUUUGAUCUACAAUUCAAGAAGCAUUGUAAGGAGGGAAAGCUACCGAAUUAUGUGGUGGUGGAGCAAAGAUUCUUCGAUGUGUUAUCAAUGCCUGCAAACGAUGAUCACCCAUCUCAUGACGUCUCUGAAGGCCAGAAGUUUAUAAAAGAAGUCUACGAAGCUCUAAGAGCAAGUCCCCAAUGGAAUGAAAUGUUGUUCAUUAUAAUAUAUGACGAGCAUGGAGGUUUCUAUGAUCAUGUUCCAACACCUGUGACAGAUGUUCCUAGUCCGGAUGAUGUCGUUGGUCCUGAGCCAUACAACUUUAAAUUCGAUCGUCUUGGUGUUCGUGUUCCAGCCAUCUUAAUUUCUCCAUGGAUUGAACCUGGAACAGUGUUGCAUGGGCCUUCAGGGCCAUAUCCUUCAUCAGAGUUUGAGCACUCCUCAAUUCCUGCAACUGUUAAGAAAAUUUUCAAUCUGAAAGAGUUUCUGACUAAGCGUGAUGCUUGGGCGGGAACCUUUGAGGGUGUCCUGAGUAGAACAAGCCCAAGAACUGAUUGUCCAGUUACUUUGCCUGACCCGGUGAAACUACGCGAGGCUGCAUCUAAAGAUGGGACAAAAAAGAGUGAUUUUCAAGAAGAACUAAUUCAAUUGGCCGCGGCAAUAAAUGGAGACCAUAGAAAGGAUACAUAUCCUGACAAGCUGGUGGAGGACAUAACUGUUUCAGAGGCUCUCAAAUAUGUGGAAGGAGCGUUUAAGACAUUUUCAGAUGAAUGUGAGAAAGCCAGAAAAACUGGAACGGAUGAAUCUGAGAUUAUCGUAUGUGCAACAUCACCUACACUACCAACAUCCAAGUCGUUUGCUCAAAAGAUAUUUUCUUGUUUGGUUUGUGAUAACUGAUGAAAUUUCAAGUUGUUUGGAGCAGUUUCUUGGGGUUUUCCUUUCUAAUGAUUCGUGAGGUUUUUUUAUGCCAAAAAAAUUGUUAGAGACGAUUCACAACAGAAUUUAUUUGCAUCUCUUUUAAUAAUGAAAUCUUUUUAGUUCGUGCUUGAA